GACGUUCUCAGAUUGUUUAUUUGAAUGCAAGAUGUCGACAAUCGUGGCGGAAUCUGGCGCUCAGCUGGUGGCGCGAAUCUCAUCCGAAAACAGACCAACACUUGAAAACUUGUGUUCUGAUCUAUUUCCGGACAAUGGACCCCCUCCAGGACGAAUCGUUGAAAUCACCGGGGAAUCGGGUACCGGGAAAUCACAUUUUCUCAUGGAAAUUAUGGCGCGCGCGAUCCUGCCUACCGAAUACGGAGGCCGUGAUGCCCAUGUGAUAUUCUUCGAUUUAGAUUGUAAGUUCUGGAUAAUUCGCUUCUUGCACAUUCUAGAAAAAAUAGCCUGUGCUUCGAAUCCCGACUCUGAUGAGAAGAAGACGAAAGAAGUCAUCGAAAAGUGCUUGAAUGGUCUCUUCAUAUUUAACUGCUUCUCGCCCGGUGAAUAUGAAGGAGCUUUGCAGGAAAUGGAGGAGCUCCUCACUUCGGACUCAAGUAUUGCUUUGGUCACUGUCGGCACAAUAGGCGCAUUUUACUGGGUCGAAUGUACAGAGGAGAAACCAAUUAAAAUGACCACGUACUAUAAGAAAGCCUUGCAAAGGUUUCGGAAAGUGAGCAAUGAUUACAAAGUGGUUUUUGCCUUCACACGUCCUGACAUUUUCGCUCCGGACGUUGAAAAAGUGCCUACAACGGACGCGGAUUCUCCAGACUAUCGAAUACGCCUGAUUAGCCACUGCACAGAAGAAGCGCGAGGAUUCGAGGCGGAAACCGAUGCUAGGGGACAAUCCUACCGAACACUUUUCAAUAUUGAUAAUUUUGGUAUUAAAUUCCUAAAAUUAUGAUUUGUUACUCUUUUCAAGUUUGUUUUAAGACUAAACUAGUGCCGUUAAUAAGA